AUGUUUGUCUUCGCGUUGAUGGCCUUGGGACAGGAAGCCUACAAGCUUGGGGAUGAUAUGAUCCACAAGCAGUCUGGCAAAAACGUGGCGGCAAUGGAGAAAUGCAAGCUGAAUGUGUGCUCCGUAUUGAGGCCUCGAUUCCAACCCGGCACCGAGCGCUCGUUUCUGAUCCGCAAUUUGCUGUCCUUGACCAUUACUUUCGCCAUGGGGAACUACUUGCAAGGCAACGUGUUCACCAUGUUCGAUGCAGGUAUGGCUGGUACCUUGGCCGUGCUCCUUUCGGAUUUUAGCGGGUCGGCCUUUCACAAGAACCUGAUACGUCUGCUUGGCCUGUCUCUCGGGAAUUCAGUGCCCAUCCUGAUGCUCGCGGCUGUCAGCGUCAUUGCUUGGUCAGGACCCAUCGAGACUACCUUGCGCCUGAUCAUGUUUUGUUUGUUUGAGUUUUAUUUUAUCCUGAUGUACUACACCUCUACAGAGUGGAACUACAUGGGCUGCAUCGUUGCAGGUUUCGGCUGUUACGCUUUCGCGGGUGAUUCUACCACAUGGAACACCGACACUUUUGCAGCAGGUUACAAGAAGAUUGGCACCGUUACCGCUGCCAUGUUUGUACAGAUCGUUGUUGACGCCUGGGGGGAGCGGUUCUUUGAGACCUCACCGCGGCAGAUCAUUAUCAAGGAAAUUUCGUCUGUCAUUGGGGAGAAUAUGUACUCCCUCGCUGACACCUUCAAAACGUGUAGGCGAGCGACCCUUCCUACAUAUUCCAAGGACAAGUUUGACGCCCUCAGCGUAAAGGUGGCUGGCUUCAGGACAACGCUCACGCGGUUACGAGGCAUGACUGGUGAGGUCGAAGCGAAGACAGUCAUUGUACGCGGCCCUGGGAAGCCAUUCGAUGUCAAGCUAUUCACAGGCUUCCUUGAUCGUUUCGACGCGCUCCUCAACGAUCUCGAUGUUCUCGUCCUGGUACAACGCAUGGCCAACGCAUGGAACCGUGAGGCGGAGUUCGUAGAAGUUUUGGACUCGUACGGGAGCAACGGCCCCUCAGGAAACGACAGGUUCGAUCAUUUGGCACACAUCCUGGAUGUGACUCUUCGAGCCGUCCUCAAAAUCCUUGAUACGACGGACGAGUCACCCGAACAUCUGGAACAAGCUAUCGACAAUAUGGUGAGUGGCCUUAACUUACAUAUGGAAGAAGAGCGCUCAAGGCACGACUGCCUGCCAAUCAACGCCGUGGUGAAGUUCGCCAUUGAGGACGCGUACGAGCAGGCCGUCCAGCUGGAGCGCAUGUGCUGCAUCAGCGCCGGCCACGCCGCUGCUGCGGUCGCCCUCGCCAGGGCCACCGACAGACGCCCGAGUGACUUCGGAACGCCGGUGUCGCCGAAACGCUCGGAAAACCCCUGA